CCACCUUCCCGACAUUCAGGCAACAUGAGUUGGUCUGGCUUCAAGAAGUCUAUGAACCGUGCGGGGACUACCCUCCUGCAAAAGACGGGUCAGAUUGAGCGCACUAUCGAUCGGGAAUUUACGGACGAAGAGGUCAAGUACAAGACCUAUGAGAAGGAGUGUCAGGCUCUGCACAAGGAUAGCAAGGCCUUCAUCGAUGCCAUGCGAGCAAUGACCUCUGCGCAAGCACGUCUCGCGGACACCAUCGACGUCUUCUACGGUGCAGCUGACAAGUCAUCGGAGGGAGCCAUGGCUGCCCACGCCUACAAGCGAGCGGUAGAGGAGCUGGAUACUGGAAUUGGAAGGGAGAUGGACGCUCCGUACAGGCAAACGAUCAUGGAGCCUCUGGGCAAGAUGAACGCGUACUUCCCCGUAGUGAAUGAGCAUAUCGGCAAGCGCAACAAGAAGCUGCUCGAUUACGAUGCUGCACGCAGCAGACUCAACAAAAUUAUUGCCAAGCCAAGCGAAGACCCAACCAAGCUACCCAAGGCACAGCAAGAACACGACGAUGCCAAGGAAGUUUUUGACAUGCUCAACGAGCAGCUCAUCGCCGAAUUGCCUCAGCUGCUGGAGCUGCGUGUACCUUUCUUCGACCCAAGCUUCGAGGCCAUGAUCCGGAUGCAGUGCAAGUUCGCCGAGGAGGGCUAUGAGAAGCUGAGCGCCGUGCAACGGUACUUCUCGGACAGCGUGCGCGACGACUAUGCCGCGGGCCAGCUGGAUGCGCAGGUGGAAGGUGUGCUGCAGGAGAUGCGCGAGCUCUCGAUAUGCGGCGCGAGCUGAAGGAUUGGGCGGACUGUAGCAGUAGUAGACAUGAACGCUUGGAUUACCUAUGUAGCAUGCAUUACGGAUACGAUACUCUUCUC